AUGCUGCGGCUAAGUAUUUUAUCAAACACUUGGUCUGCAACAACUUCCGGGUUUAAGAGAUCGUACUUUCCGCAUCAGCCAGAAAUAGGUAUUAUUGUUCAAUCACGGCGGUUGUUGUUUUCCAAUUCAAUAGCUUGUUUUUGCGCUUCUAGGAAUUGGCGUGAAAAUUCGAGCUCUGACAAUUUCUCACUGAGAGAUAAAUGCAAAUAUGGUUCUUUUACUAACUUUGAUAAUGCGUUAGCUUGCUUUAAUCAGAUGCUUCAUAUGAACCCUUUGCCUUCUGCUGAUCAAUUUAAUAUGUUAGUAUUAUCUUUUCUUGUUCGAAUGAAACAUUAUGACACUGUUGUUUCCUUGUACAAAAGAAUGGAAUUAUUUGGAGUUUCGUCUAGUGUUUAUACUCUCAGUAUUUUAAUUAAUUGCUUUUGUCAUUUGCAUCGUGUGGAGUAUGGGUUUUCAGUUUUAGGUAAAAUCUUUAAAUUAGGACUUGAGCCCAGUAUUGUUACGUUUAAUACUUUAAUUAAUGGAUUGUGUACAGAGGGUAGAAUUGUUCGAGCAGUGGAACUAUUAGAUUAUAUUGUAGUGAGAGGGUAUCAACCUACUUUGCAUACCUAUAGUAUGAUCAUAAAUGGUUUGUGUAAGAGUGAAAAAACUAGUGUGGCUAUUGGUUGGAUGAAAGAAAUGGUUGAGAGAGGUUUUGAGCCGGAAGUGGUGGCAUAUAGUGCAGUUAUUGAUAGGCUUUGUAAGGACAGGCUGGUUAGUGAAGCUCUAAACCUCUUCAAUCAAAUGACGAGUACAGGAAUAUUACCUACUGUUGUAACUUACGACUCCUUAAUUUAUGGUAUGUGCAAUUUAGGCCAAUUGAAGCAAGCUUUAAAUUUACUUAAAGAAAUGCUAGAGUGGAAUAUCAAACCGGAUGUAGUUACCUUAAGUAUAUUGGUCGAUGGAUUUUGUAAGGAAGAAAUGGUUUUGGAGGCUCUAGGUGUAUUUGGCAAGAUGAUUCAAAGGGGAAUGGAGCCUGAUAUAGUCACUUACAGCUCCUUAAUCCAUGGUCUCUCCAAGUCAAGCUUGUGGAAGGAAUCUUCAACUUUGUUCAAUGAAAUGCUUAAUCGAGAAAUCGCACCAGAUGUUGUUACUUUCAGCAUUUUAAUUGAUGUGUUUUGCAAGAAAGGUAUGGUUUCAGAGGCUCAUGGAAUCAUCAAUUUAAUGAUCCAAAGGGGUAUACAGCCCAAUGUUGUCACAUACAAUUCACUGAUAGAUGGAUAUUGUCUUCAGAGUCAAAUGGACGAGGCCAGAAAAUUGUUUGAUUUAAUGUUCGAUAGCGGUUGUACGCUAGACGUACUUAGUUAUAACAUCUUAAUCAAAGGAUACUGCAAGAUUGCUAAAAUUGAUGAGGCAAAACAAGUUUUUGAUGGAAUGCCUCACAAAGGUUUAACUCCUAACUCUAUUACCUACACUACUCUUUUAAGCGGCUUAUGUCAGGCAGGGAGACUUGUCAGUGCAGAAGAUCUUUUCAACAGAAUGUGUUCUCGUGGCUGCAGCCCUGAUUUAAUAACAUACUUAACCUUGCUUCAUGGCUUUUGCAAACAUGGGCAUCUUGAUAAGGCACUAGCACUGUUUGAAUCUAUGAAAAGAAGCCAGUUAAAACCUAAUAAAGUAAUCUAUAGUAUCCUCAUUUGGAGCAUGUGCAAAGCUGGAAAAUUUGAAGAGGCAAAGGAACUAUAUUCUAACCUUUCAGCUGAUGAGUUGCAGCCUGAUAUUUGACCAUAUAGUACAAUUCUUGGUGGUCUGACAAGGAGUUAAAUAUGCAAGAUCUUUUUGAAAUGGAAGAUUAUGCUGCGAAUCAGUUGGCUGCUCCAAUAAAGUGUUUUUCAGUGCAAGGAUGCAUCAAAUGCAGCCAACCCAUCCAAUGGUUGAUGAGAGAAUUUAAGCAAAUACCAUUUGUAGAGGGUCAGUGAUGGAGGAUUUGUUCAAUAUUGAAGAAUCUGCAAUAGAUUUCUCAAGAUAAUUAAAGAUGACUGCAGAUUUGUUUUUUGUCGAAUUAAGAAAAGACGGGCCUUUUAAGAGUUUUCUCUUGGUGGACUGGAGAAAGUUGUGCUUUGACGUUAAAUAUUUAGAACAAGAUAUUUACUUAUGUUGCCUAUUGAUUUCAAAGUGUCCCAUCUCUUAGUAUUUAACCGGUAAAAGUUAUUACUUGGUAAUUUAAUAUUUAGGACAUUGUGGCGUGCUUCUGUUUAAUUUAAAUCUAGAGUUGCUCUUUGGAUUUAUAUCCAGCACUUUAUGACAUCUUAGUAUUAUUCUCUCCUAUUCCUGUUUAAGAUGGUGAAGUAUGAUGCUCACUUGC